AUGGCUGCCAGCGAGACGACGCAGUUUGCCCCGCCUCAAGUCCUCACAUACGACCCCGCGGCAGCCCCGCCAUUGCUCAUCUCUCAGGGUGCCGAGGGCCGCCUCUACAAGACGACACACGUCCAGCGCGACCGGCCGUGCGUCCUCAAGUAUCGCCCGCCGAAGCCCUACCGACACCCCAUCCUCGAUGCCCGGCUGACUAAGGCUCGCAUCACCUCCGAGGCCAAGGUGCUGGAGCGAUGCUAUCGCGCGGGCGUGCGCGUCCCGGCCGUCUACGCUCUGGACUUGGUCUCGGGCUGGAUGAUGAUUGAGUGGAUCGAGGGCAUGACGGUGCGACAAGGCAUUAACGACUGGCUUGGAGAGCGACCCGAGAUCCCGCCGAGCCCUGAGGAUUUGCCUGACGACGCACCCCUCAUCGACGCCAUGAAGAGGAUCGGGGCUGCCGUGGGGGAUCUCCACCGCACUGGCGUGGUACACGGAGACUUGACGACGAGUAACAUGAUGCUUCGACCGCAGAAGAACAGCCAGAGUAGCGGGCAGCCCGAGGUCGGUGAUGGGCCAAAGGCACUGGAGGGCGAUGUUGUUCUCAUCGACUUCGGCCUUGCUACGCAGAGUGUCUCGGACGAAGACCGAGCCGUGGACCUCUACGUGCUAGAAAGGGCUUUUGCAAGCACGCACCCGAGGGCAGAGCGCCUGUUUGUCAAUGUUCUUGAAGCAUAUAGGGGCGCCUUCAAGAAAGCGUCUUCUGUCUUGACAAAGCUAGAAGACGUGAGGAUGCGUGGCCGGAAGCGGAGUAUGCUUGGGUGA